CGAGCUCGGAGGAGAAGCGACCACAGGGCUCACUGCCCUUGUAGUCUAGAAUUAUUUAUGUAGCUUAUUUUAUGUAGUUAUGUAGUUACUAACUUGUUGUAGUUCGGGAAUGAGACGUUUACUAAGCUGGGUCGUUAAUGCCCCUCACCUAAUCCGCAGCAUGUGGCUGAUGGUGUCUCCGGUCAGGCUAAAACACUUCACCCCUGUGCUGUGCACGUCGUCUUUCCAGGGAGACGCCACCUGCACCGGGACGCAGGGCAAGAGGCCGCUGCUGUCAGACCCGCAGCAGUUCGACGCUUACUUCGAGGAGCUGGUCACGGAGCUCACCGAGAGGGACUACACGGACCCGGUGCUGGCCGACGCCCUGAAGAGGCUGAGAGAGGUUCUGGUGUACAACGCGCCCGGUGGGAAACGGAACCGAGGGCUGUCUGUGAUUGGCUCGCUGCGGGAGCUUGUCCCGCCCUCUCAGCUCACCCAGGACACUGUGCAGCGGGCUCUGCUGGUCGGCUGGUGCAUUGAACUGCUUCAGGCGUUUUUCCUUGUGGCAGACGACAUCAUGGAUGGAGCUGUAACUCGAAGAGGAAACCCCUGCUGGUACAAGAAGGAGGGAAUCGGAUUGGACGCUAUCAAUGAUUCAUUUCUUUUGGAAGGAUCGAUCUACAGACUACUUCGCAGACACUGCAGGGAUCAACCCUACUACGUUCACCUGCUGGAGCUGUUUAAUGAGGUCUCUUUCCAGACGGAGCUGGGUCAGGCUCUGGACCUCAUGACUGCUCCGCCCGGUAAGAUUGACCUGGGCAGAUUCUCCAUGCAAAGAUACAAAGCUAUUGUGAAAUACAAGACGGCCUUCUACUCAUUUUACCUCCCGGUGGCAGCGGCCAUGUACAUGUCAGGAAUCGACAGCGAAGUGGAACACAGUAACGCCAAGCACAUCUUACUGGAGAUGGGAGAGUUCUUUCAAAUCCAGGAUGAUUACCUAGACUGUUACGGUGACCCUGCUGUGACGGGGAAGAUCGGCACUGACAUCCAGGACAACAAGUGCAGCUGGCUGGUCGUGACGGCUCUGGAAGUCAUGACUCCGAAGCAGAGAGCGGAGCUCGAGGCAUGUUACGGGCGGCACGACGAAGCCAGUGUGGAAAAGGUCAAGGCGCUGUACAAUACCCUGCAAAUGCCAACACUGUAUCACAAAUAUGAAGAGGAGAGCUACCAGCGGCUACAGAAGCUCAUCGCCUGUCACGCACAGAAUCUUCCUCACUCAGUCUUUCUCAAUUUCGCCAAGAAAAUCUACAAAAGGAACAAGUGAGAGGGUUUGCUGGCAGAGACUUUAAACAUUAUGAACAGGUCCUCUCUUUCUUGUCGGACUGUCAACGCUCUGAAUCCUGCAGGAGUUUUAAUAUUUCACGCUUCAGUAAUUUGUAGGUCUUUGGCUGUGGAUGUCAUCAAACACGUUGUAGCUACUCUUCAGUUUUUGCUAUUUAUUGAAGCUUUUGCAAAAUGGGCAUUGUCUAGAGUCAGAAGCAUCUUUUAGAUAUUGGAAUAGCUCGAGAAUGACCCACACUGGCCUUGAUUUAACUUCGGUAUUCGCCUGGCUGGAAUGAUCGCAUGAGAGAAUGAAAAUGCAGCCAAAAUGUUUAAUUCUUUUUCGAUCAAGCUCUGAAAGAGAAAGUCAACAUGCUGAAGUACAUUCAUCCUGGCAGAGGAAGUGAUUGAAUCUUCGCUUUUUAUACUGUAACAAUUUAGUUCACAAUAAAGAAUGUCUAUAAGUAGCAUUUUUAUAUGAGAUGUCACAUGUUUUUGUGUAUGAGUCAAGAAUGCAACAAUAACAAGAGAACACAUUAAACAGCAUACAUUU